GCCAAACAUCCAGAUCACCGAAUCCUCGCACCAGAGAGAAGCCCGCCAGCAUGCCGCCCUACGACAGCGAGUCCUCGGACGAGGGCGACGACUACACCGAGACCAACGUGCUGCUCGGCUACGCGACACCAGACGCCACCGCAGACGCCGUGUCGCAUCUUGGAGGCGCGCCCUCCUGGAUCGACGGCAAGACAGCCCCCUCGGGCGCCCUGGCAAAGUGCAAAGUGUGCAACGGCCUGCUCAGCCUGCUGCUCGAGCUCAACGGCGACCUGCCCGACCACUUCCCCAGCCACGACCGUCGCCUGUACAUCUGGAGCUGCCGCCGUAAGACAUGUCGCCGCAAGGACGGCAGCGUGAGGGGCGUGCGUGGCGUGCGCGUCGCCAAAGCGAGCUCCAAGCCGGAGAAGAAGGCGCAGAGGGAUGAGCCCAAGCAAGACACGCCCCAGCCCCAGCCCAAGAUGGGCGAGUCGCUGUUCGGCGUGAAGAGCGCCUCGACUCCCUCCGCACCCGCGAACCCCUUCGCGAACCCCUUCUCCUCCUCCAGCAACGCCCCCGCCAACCCCUUCGCCCCCGCCUCGACAGCCGCAAGCCCCUUCGCCGCCCCCGUCCAAGUCACGCUGAACGACCAACCACUCCCCAAGCCAGACUCCCCCCUCCCCGAAACCUUCGCCUCGAAACUGCGCAUCUCCUCACCCCCCGCCUCGCCCCAGCCCGCGCGCCCCCACGAGCCCUGGCCAACGCCCUCCGCCUUCCCCCCACCCUACCCCUACUACCACCUCGACGCCGAGUACGAAACCCUCGACACGCCCUCAACCCCACAACUCCCCUCGAACGCGCGCCUCGACCUCGACACCGACGGCAGCACCAGCACCGGCGGCGGGAAGGAAGACAAAGAAGUCUUCGAGAGCUCGCACGACAAGACGUUCCAGAAGUUCGCCGACCGCGUCGGCCAGAACCCAGAACAGGUCCUGCGCUACGAGUAUAGAGGUAAACCGCUGCUGUACAGCGACUCGGAUGCCGUGGGCAGGCUGCUCGCGCCGUACUCGGAUAACGCCGCUGGGUCGGCUUCGCAUGGGAAGGUUACGACGACGGGCGCGAGGGGCGACGCGGGGAUGCCGCGGUGUGUGAAUUGCGGUGCUGAGAGGGUGUUUGAGGUACAGCUCACGCCGCAUGCCAUCACGGAGCUCGAGGCUGACGAUAUGGGGCUUGAUGGGAUGGAGUGGGGUGUUAUCGUCAUGGGGGUUUGCGGUAAGGACUGUAAGCCGAGUGAUGUUUCCGAGGGCGAGGUGGGGUAUGUGGAGGAGUGGGUUGGUGUGCAGUGGGAGGAGGUGGCGUCCAAGAAAUGAGACAUACAAUACAAUACACGUCAUAUCAUCUACUGCACUAUCCCCUUACCACCCCGUAUCUCCCCCCAUCAUUCCUCCCCCAUACUCACCCC